AUGAUCUUUUCUGGAGAAUUCCACCCAUUCCGUCUCCCAGUCCCAGGUCUUUGGCUCGACGUGUUCCAAAAAAUAAAGAGCAUGGGCUUCACUGGCGUCUCAUUCUACGUGGACUGGAGCCUCAUUGAAGGGAACCCGGGACACGUUAUCAGUGACGGGAUAUGGAGCUUAGAUGAAUUCUUCGACGCGGCCAGCCAAGCUGGGUUAUACCUGAUCGCACGGCCGGGACCGUAUAUCAACGCAGAAACCACUGCUGGUGGCAUACCUGGGUGGGUUCUGCGAGAGAAAGCAAUUAUCCGCUCUGACGACCCUGAAUACUUGAAUUCGACAGAAAAGUACGUGUCGACGCUGGGUCGGAUUAUUGAAAGGGCGCAAAUCACACAUGGUGGCCCUGUCAUCAUGGUUCAGCCAGAGAACGAGUACUCCACUUGGCCUGGAGUGACGGAUUUCCCCACUGACAUGCAUCGGAACUAUAUGGCACACGUCGAAGAGCAGCUGCUUGAUGAAGGUAUUACGGUUCCUUCAAUCGUGAAUGAUAACUUGGUUAUGGGAUACUUCGCGCCGGGGUCUGGGCAAGGCGCAGUCGAUAUCUACGCUAUCGAUGCAUACCCAAUGCGCUAUGAUUGUGAGCUGGUUUCCAACGUCCCUUGGUGCGAUGCAUCCUCAAAGACUAAUGUGUCUUUCACCUUAGGCGCAAAUCCUACUUUUUGGCCUACUUAUAGGUUUCCGUAUGACUGGCAAGUCACGCACAAACGGCAGAGUCCAAUGACACCCUUCGCCAUUGCUGAGUUCCAAGGAGGUUCUGGAGAGGGAUGGGGAGGCGUGCUUCAGGACAUGUGCGGCCGGUUAGUAAACGAAGAGGCUGUCAGAGUUGUGUAUAAGAACAACUACGGUUUUGGCGUAAAGAUCUUCAACAUUUACAUGACUUUCGGGGGCACUAACUGGGGUAACCUUGGCUAUAUGGGCGGGCACACAUCAUACGACUAUGGUGCAGCGAUCACUGAAGAAAGGGCGAUCUGGCGGGAGAAAUAUAGUGAACAGAAACUGGAGGCCAACUUCCUGAAAGUCUCCCCCGCUUAUCUGACGGCAACUCCCCAUCUUGGAGUAAAUGGUACUUACGGAGUACCGUCCUCGAUAGCUGUGACUGCUCUCCUUGGAAACGGGACGCGGACAAAUUUCUAUGUUGUCAGACAUGCCGACUUCACCUCAACCGACAACACCCAGUACACCCUCGCAUUGUCGACAAGUAUUGGCGACAUCAAGAUCCCUCAGCUGGGUGGCCAUCUGACGCUGAACGGACGUGAUUCCAAAUUCCAUGUCACAGAUUACGAUGUCGGCGGUAUCAAUCUGAUCUACUCCUCCGCAGAGAUAUUCACAUGGGCGCGCGGGUCAGGAUCGACACGCGUAUUAAUUCUCUACGGAGGGGCCGGAGAAACACAUGAGUUCGCUCUGCCUAGUCAUCUUGGAAAGCCAACCGUCCUCGAGGAAGAGGGUAUCGAAAUGAAACAACGCGAGUCUGCUUGGGUUGUGAAGUGGCGUGUUACACCAGCCCGACGCAUCGUUCGGGUAGCAGAUCUUCAUGUAUACCUGCUCUGGCGGAACGAGGCAUACAACUACUGGGUCAUGGAGUUGCCAGCAUCAGGUCCGAUUGGAAACUACUCAUCACCAUCGAAGAGCCUGGUAGUUGUCAAGGCCGGAUAUCUUAUCCGUACCGCUGAUUUGAUAAACAAGCAGCUGCGACUGACAGGUGAUGUGAAUGCCACAACAGAAAUCGAGGUCAUCUCCAGUCCAGCUACAACGCUGAAAGGCAUCACCUUUAAUGGGGAAGUGUUACAGACUUCAAAGGCCUCCAAUGGGAACAUCCAGGGAACUGUCAGAUACAACCCUCCCAAGUUGGACAUUCCCGAUUUGUCCAACCUGGAAUGGAAGUUCAUUGAUUCUCUCCCUGAGAUUCAGGCCUCGUACGACGACUCAGCUUGGCUAACCUGCACACGAACCUCAACACACAAUCCACGGCAGCUGGAAACUCCGCGUAGUCUUUACUCGAUGGACUACGGAUAUCACACAGGGUCUCUGUUAUACCGUGGUCAUUUUAACGCCAAUGGCCAAGAAUCCAAUGUUUGGUUGAAUGUAUCUGGUGGCGUGGGAUUUGGACAUUCCGUUUGGUUGAAUAACACAUUCCUCGGGUCAUGGGUCGGGUCGGGUGCCAACUCGACGGUUAUCCACAACAUGUCGUUGUCAUCCGUCUUGUCGCAGGGAAGCCCCUAUGUGAUCUCAAUUCUUAUUGAUCACAUGGGCCAAGAUGAGGAGGCUCCUGGCACUGAUGCAAUUAAAUUCCCUCGAGGCAUUUUGAACUACGGGAUUUCGGGUCACCCCCAAUCCGACGUCUUGUGGAAGUUGACAGGCAACCUUGGAGGAGAGCAGUAUCAGGAUCUCACCCGUGGCCCUCUCAAUGAAGGUGGCAUGUAUGCUGAGAGGCAAGGAUACCAUUAUCCCAGCCCGCCAAGCUCAAAAUGGAAAUUGUCAGACCCAGUCAUAGAUGGCUUAUCGCACGCAGGUGUUGGAUUAUAUGCUGCAUCGUUCCGGCUGAACAUCCCCAGUGGAUGGGAUGUCCCAAUGAGCGUGGUGUUCAACAACUCAAUCCUCAAUAGUACCAAGGAAAAUACUCGAGGCAACAAUUACAGGUGCCAGCUAUUCAUCAACGGAUAUCAAUUCGGAAAAUACAUCAACAACCUCGGCCCACAAACAGCUUUCCCUGUUCCAGAGGGUAUUCUCAACCACGAGGGGGAAAAUCAUAUAGCCUUGACAGUGUGGGCACAGGACAAGCAGGGCGCAACACUGGGAGGGUUGCAAUUAGUUCCCACAUCCCUCAUUCGGUCAGGCUACACCAAACCUCAGGCCGCUCCACAGCCUGUCUGGACGAAGCGAACACAGUCAUACUAG